AUGCCCCCGGUGGCCGCCGACACCCUGCGCCCGGCUCUGUCCAACAGCACAAACUCCUCUUUUGAUGGGCUGCCGCGGAAGUCGUAUGAUAAGACAAUCACCGCCAGCGGCGUCUUCACCUACACCAAUGGUACUGAUGUCGACACCGGCCUACCCGACCAUCGCCUCGACCACAUCAAAUCACUACGAAACCCGAGUCAUACCUCCUUGACAAAUGGCGUGCCAAGUACAUCGCUCAAGUCCCACGAACAAUUCGGCUCGAAGACUGGCAGCACCCACUCGAUAUCAAGAGAAGAUCGUCUGUCGGGGCCUCCGGAGGGUUUGACAAAGCUAUCCAACGUCGAGAAUGUGUCUGAAUCUCAAUCGAAUUAUACAGGAAGAGACCGCGCUCAGAGCCAGCCGACGGAUCUGAAAGUAAACAUCCCAACAGUCAGAACUGAACAACACCAGGAUUCACAUAUGAACACCGCGGCCACCCAACCCGACCAAGCCUGGGCCUCUAACUCGGACUCACUGUCCCCAACAAACACACGCCAUCUGCAGCCGCAACGAAUAUCUGCUCCUCCAGGCUUAUCUCCUGUCCCUACCAGGCAGAGCCAUUCUACAGAACAGCCGCAGCUGACUCAUCGGCACACUGCAUUGGGCGUCCCAAAAGCUGGCACUGGUCGAGCGUCCCGCGAUUUCUCAUUCACAGGCGGCCCUUCCGAAGAGGCUGUGUACGCUAGCGGUCGCUUCUCUCCCACUCGCGAUUCCCACGAACCUCGUCAUCGCCGCGCCUCCCUCAAUCUGAUCAGACGUACCACGCGCUCCCAUUCCGACGCGCACCUCGAUGAAGUCCCUCCAGAUGAAGAUGCUGCAAGAUGGACAGAAAUCGUAAAGCAGAAGCGGGCCUCGAGGCGAGCCAGGCGGCGAGAAGAAGAGGAUGAUGACCGAGUCGUUGUGGGUAAGAAGGUCGAGGAGGGCCAUGUCAACUGGGUUACCGCUUAUAACAUGCUCACCGGUAUCCGUUUCACCGUCUCUCGAAUCAAUGCGAAGAUGGAUCGCGAGUUGACUGACGCCGACUUCGAUGCAAAGCACAAGUUCAGCUUCGAUGUCACUGGCAACGAGCUCACCCCCAGUGCAAAGUACGACUUCAAGUUCAAGGACUACGCGCCUUGGGUUUUCCGACAUCUUCGAGCCAUCUUCGGUCUCGAUCCCGCCGACUAUCUCAUGAGUCUAACCAGCAAGUACAUCCUGUCCGAGUUGGGAAGUCCAGGAAAGAGUGGCAGCUUCUUCUACUUCAGCCGCGACUACAAAUAUAUUAUCAAAACUAUUCACCAUGCCGAACAUAAGCUGCUGCGCAGAAUACUGAGGGACUACCACAACCACGUGCUGGAAAACCCGAACACUCUCAUCUCACAGAUCUACGGUCUCCAUCGAGUCAAGAUCCCCUACGGACGCAAAAUCCACUUUCUCGUCAUGAACAACCUCUUUCCACCUCAUCGAGAUAUUCACCAGACUUUCGAUUUGAAAGGCAGCACAGUUGGACGCGACUUUCGAGAAGAAGAGCUCGCGGAUAAUCCCCGCGCGACUCUGAAAGACCUUAACUGGCUCCGGCGUGACUACCAUCUGGAGUUUGAUCCACAGUUAAAACAGCUUUUCAUCGAGCAAUUGCAACGAGAUGUCGCGUUGCUGCAAAAGCUGCACAUUAUGGACUACUCGCUCCUUGUUGGAAUCCACGACUUGAACAAGGGCAAUGAAGAAGGCCUACGCGAAGCCAAUUUGCGCGUUUUCCAGCCCGGUGGUGGUACCGGCGAGGAGCCACACAGUAUGCUCAUGCGAACACCCUCACGGCUGGAAAACAUCAAGAAGGCUCGUGAGUUGCGCGGGAGACUGAAGAGAGAGCGUCCCGUGCCUAUUGGCCUUGUCAACACGCAGAUGCCAGACGAAAUGGAAGUAGGCGACAUCCGGAAAGAUCGCCUGUUCUACAAGAAUGAUGGCGGCAUUCGUGCGACGCACGAGGAUGGAGAUCUUGGCGAGUUGGUCUACUACCUCGGUGUGAUAGACUGCUUGACACAUUACGGCUUUGUGAAACGACUGGAGCACUUCUGGAAAGGUCUAAAAGACAACCGAAGUCAGAUCUCGCCCAUUCCUCCACAACAGUACGGAGACCGUUUCCUCAACUUUGUGACUGGCAUCACCAUGACCAAAGAAGAGGCCGAACGACGAAGACGCCAGACCGGCGAAAGCGCGUUGAGUGAGGUAGCACCGAUAGGAUUUGCGGCCAGCCAACGUACCAGUCUGGCUGCAGACCCCCACUCGAGCCUCGAUGUGGAUAGGACCAAUGAGAAGCUGGCCGCCAAAUCGCCUCCCGGAAGUCCUAUGGCGGUGGAGCACACGAUGGCAAAGGCACAGAAGCAGGUCGAUCGGGAGACCGGUGAGAAAGGCCGACGGCGCAGCGAGGAAGAAAAGCCCGUUAGGACACUCUUGACUACGGAAGAUGCAAAGAGUCACACGCUGCUUCCUGUUGUGAGCGAGGAGAAUAUGGAAGGCAGCCGGGUGGGGAGUGCCAGUGCAAGCAGAUCGCCUAGCCAGUCACAGAGUCAGAACUGGCCGUUGCCGAAGCAAGAGCAGCAAGGACAGGGAGGCGAUGUCGAGCGCGAGCUUCGGCGCAAAGGCAGUGAGGGUAUCAAGAUUGUUCAAGAGAACCCCGGCGAGACCGACUUUUGCGGCUAUGAAAAGGUGUCGGUGCAAAUGCCCGGACCUGGCCACGGUACUGACUCCGACCCGGGCUGGGAUCAUGUUGAUGGUGCUGCUGCAGAGAAGCAGGAUUCUCAACAACGAUCGAAAGCUCCUCGCAUCAAUUCCGACAUCAUCCCACCAUUUUCACCCUUUGACGCUCCAUCAGGUCUCGGUACCGGAGACCCAGAGAAGACGCAAAGGGACAGCUUGCGGUAG